ACGUUGUCGCGCGUCCUGACGUACCUACUACGUUUUGCCGCGUUCUCCAGUGACAUUUUGAAUUGAAUUAUUUUGUUUUUCCUCUUUGAUUUUGUUCGCCACGGUCGUAUACUUUUCCGUUCAACGCGUAUAUCUUGACGAAAAAUCGCGUAGUCGUUUGUUUUGAUUUGUCUUAUAUUAUUAUUAUUAUUGUUACCGACUAUUGUUUAUCGUGUAUUAACUUUGAGAACGAUAGUUUAUGAGCCGUGUCGUGGAUUAUAAUUGCUAUAGUGUGUAAUAGCAGUCGCGUUUGUUAGUAACAUUUCGUCGUUAUCAAAAGUGCGCAUUUAUAUUUUACACGCCCCACCACUUGAACAUCCGGCCGUCGUCGAUAAUAAUUGUAUUGUAAUAAUAAAAUUUCAUACUGGGCUUGGAGUAAUUGAUUGAAAAAAUAUAUUAAUAUAUAUUAUAUAUUCACUGUUAUAAAUGGAAAAACGGAGUUACGCGUUAUGGACGAAUAACACGAAUCCUUCUUCAUUAAAAUAAAAAAAAACUAGUGUGCGAUCGUAUUCAGUAAAAACUGGCUCGUGUUAGUGCGGUUGAAUUUUGGCGGGCACCGAUUCGGAUUAUGAUAUUUUUCGGUUUGUGUUAUUUAAUAAAAAGAGCGAUUCACUUAUCGUCGAAGAAAAUAUUUAACGGCGGCGAUCAUAAACGCAAGAAGUCUAAGCGCAAAAGCAAACGGGCCAUGAAAGAUUCUUUAUUAGGAUUAUCUUCUACCACAUAUUGCAGUGUUCUUCAAAAAUCUGCCAUGGUUGAGGUGUUUGCUGCCAAUCAAGGUGAUUGUAAUUCUAAUAAUUUGGAAGUGUUAGAUGCCACUUUGAGCUCAUACAGGAGCAAUGGAUCAUCACAAGAUAAUGCAGAUUUCUUCCAAGAUUAUUCAGAUUAUCAAUGGUUUGCCGACUACAGAUACCGUGAUUCGGAUAACUUUAACCAUCAUACAAGUAUACUAUCUUCUAUAUCUGAAAAUUAUAAUAUUCCGUGCUAUGAAGAUGUUUCUCGAGAUUUGGAUGUUAAUUUGGCCCAAGUAGACAUGGAAAAUCUUAAGACAGAAGAUAUACACAAUAUACUCAGUACAUUACCAUCAAUGUGUGGUCAAGAUUUACAAAUUGUAUCAACUGAAUCAUUUUGUAAAAACAAACAGCUCUUUUCUCCUGUAAAGGAACAAUCACCUAAUCCAUUCAUAACAUUUAGCACGGAUUCGUUGGAUUGUAGUGAUGAUAUGCUUAUCACCUGUAAGGCCAAUAACAAACAUAAUUAUACAAUUGCUUUUGAAGAACCAACUAUGGGUGUUUCGGAAGAAUUUCAAAAUAGUGAAGCUAUGAGUACAGGAGAGAGUCGAAAUACUGGUUCAGGUGAAGUAUGGUCAAGUAAUGGAAGUGUUCCAGCAGUUAGUGCUCCAAUGAUAUCAUCAGAUACUACUUUUACCACAUGGAAUAAGUUAAAAAAAUGUACUACAUCUGCAACCACCAACUGUACCCAACAACAUAAAGAGCAUGCAAGUUUAUCAUCAAGUGUAAAUGAAAAAACCCAAAGUUUACCAGAUCUUAUGCCUUUGAGGCUGUUGUGGUUAAAGCAAAAAAAAAGUCACUAUAACUAUCUAGUCAAAUCUACACAAUCUGAAGGAGGGAAUGAAGGUAGAGUCAAGCUGUAUGAUGUAUCUGGUACUAAAAAUCAAACAGAUAGUGCUAAAUUCAGCUUAGUCAAAAUGUUUAUUAGUCAAAAGAAAAAUCGUCAAUCAGAUGGCAGCCUUGUUAUUAGUGAUAAUGAAGCAAUUGAGGUCACUGAACCUAGUAAAAAUGAUUUGGAAGAUAGUUUAAUGUGUGAAAAUGAAAAACCUGAAAACACCAAACGGGUCAGUAACAACAAUGGAUCUAACAAUUCAUCAAUUAUACCUAGUAAGCAUUUAUGGAAAGGUUCGAGCUUAAAUAAGAGCAUGCAGACCUCAUCUUUGGAUGGAAUCAGUAAUACUAAAUCAGACACCAAGUGCAAGAAUAGUCCUGUUUAUGUAAUGUUUCCCAGUUACACAUUACCAGAUCUCUCAUUCUUGCAGAACCCUAAAGCUGCUUUAGAUAUAAACAAUGUGUUCCUUGUACCACAAAAAUUUUCCCCUUUGCCAUCUCCUGAAGUUGAGUGUAAAAAGUUCAAUACUACACCUAUACAUGAACCGUCUUCAGAAGAAAAUUCAUUUGAUUUAAAAUCAAUAUGUGCUAAAGGAUUCGACCACGUUAGUGAUUGGGAUUCAUUAGCAUUGUUAUUACCUCGUAAUGUCUCUGUGGCUUUAUCCAAGACUCCUGAGCUGAAAGAUCGCUUUAAACAGAUUAAUUUUGAUAUUAAAGAACCAUCAUUUUGUCAUACUGUAUCUAAAGCUACAGAAAAAAAAGAUAAUAUGUUCAUUUACCAAUAUGAUGAUUUGAGUCAACAUCAAAAACCACCAGUUGGACGAGUGAAUUCAAAGAUUCCCAUCAAAAAUGAACUGAAAAGACCUAUUAAUGAAGUGCCAAAAAGAUUUAGCAUGUUUGACAUGAAAUCAGAAUCAUUUCAAGAACUACAAAACAAAAGACGUUCUCUUCCAUCGCAGUUGACAAUCAUCCCUAACAUUGCUCCUAUUGCCGGAUCUGAUGUUGGCACAUCAGAAGAUGAAGGAGUUGAAUGUUCUGGAAGUAACUGUGAUAGUCCAAAUCCAUGUCUUGAUGAGGCUAAAAGAUUAGAUUCAUUGUUACGACAAAAUAAACAAUCUCGUGUUAAUCUAAAAUCACAUGUCAAUAAAUAUUUAAACCGUGCUAGUGGGCAUCAUACUCCACCAAAUUCACCUAAUCAAACUACCAUACAAUCUAAAAAAGAAGCUGAUAACAUAGACAGAUUUGAAGGAUGUGAAAUAAAUAAAUUAACAGACUCUAUUUCACAUAAAAAAGAUCUUGUAAGAAAUUGUUGCUUUGGUGCUGAAAAAAUUGCUUUCUGUCUGGAUAAUGACUAUACAGAAGAUUUACACUCUGUUGUUCUGGACGUUUUCUGUCCAGCUUUAUAUGCAUUAUUCAGUGAAAAUCUGAAAUCAGUUUUGGAAACAUCUUUUGGCUCAGUUAACAAUUCUGUAUGGCAAGUAAUAGAAGCUUCUUCACAACAAGGUGUUCUUUCUUCAGCACUUAAUGAACUUACAGCAAAAAUUAAUAAUGAGUUGGCACUGAAUGAAGGUGUUAUGAAAUUUAAUGCAUUUAUUUUCGGCUUGUUAAAUGUUGGAGGCUUGGAUGCUUGGUUAAGUUAUAUGAGAACCCGAGAAUCGAUUUGGCAAAAAUACUAUAACCGAAAUGCUCUUUUUGUACGUGCCAAUUUUGGAUGUACUUUGCACAGGGAUCUUGUUGAUCGUUUAAUCACAUCUACUAAACCUUUGGCCAAUUACAAACCGGAAUUUGAUCCAUUGUAUGAAUGCCGUAAACUUCAUGAAAGUUUAUCUAACAUAAAUAACCGAACAUCGUGGUUAUUAAAGAAAACUGCUCGAACAUUGGAAAACGAAGCAUCAAGACCAAGAUCAUAUGUUGAUUCAGCAAAGACAGUAGAUGUGGCAAGUACUGCCAGUAAACGUUGGAGUGGUGUACAUAUGGGCUCAAAACUAGCUACAGCAUUUGGAAGAUUGGACAACAUUGAUGAAAGAAUUCAGCCAGAACUAGAGAUUAAUUCUGAGAAAGAGACACCUGUAAAAGGAAAUAGAUUUAGAAGACUGCAAAUGAAAUGGGAGUUACUUAGUACCAAAGAUCUUACAGUGGAUACACCUAAUUUUGAUGGACCACAAAGCGUGGCGAUGAGAGCUAGGAGAUCGGCUUCAAAAUCUCGUAUACCACGUCCAGUUCUCUCGCCAAUACAACCAGUUCAAGAUAACUUUGGUAAGCGCCCAAUGACGGCUACUUAUAGAGCUGAUUCACCAACAUCACCAUCUUGUGCCAAUCAAAUUGAACCUACUUCCAACAAAAUCAAAAAACCUUUGUCUGCAUCUAAAGCAACACGGCCUAGUAGUUUACCACAGCGGAGACUCAAGGAACCUACUCGUUAUGUGCGAACAUUAUCACAUCGGUUAUCUGCUGACAAUGGACACUUAUCAUUCAAUGAGGGCGAAAAGUUGCAACUCGUUUUAGAAGUAGAUGACAAGUGGAUACUCUGUUGUCGGGGUGCUCGUAAAGGUCUCGUGCCUAGAUCUUCCGUACUGAUAGUAUCCAAGUGAAACCAGUCGUAAAACUGGGCACAUUCCUUAUUGAUAAUAUUAAUAUUUAAUAUGUAUCUCUCUCUUUUGUUUUUAAUGGUCUCAUUUUCCUUAUAUUUUGUGUUUAUUUCUGUAUAUUUUGUAUAUUGCAAACUAUUACAUUUGAUUGAAUAUUUAAAAUGGCCUAAUGUAACAGUGUGUACAUAAGGGUUCAAGUGCAAUUGUUGAAUUUGGCUUCACAUUGGUUUUUUUUUUUUUUUAACAAGCUUACUUAUUAUUUUUCUUUUUAAUUAAUGAAAUAUACACUUAAC